AUGGCUCACUCCCAAGGCGAUCCGUUCCCUUUCCAGAUUCCGAGUCCUCUCAGCCCUAUAAGCCCACCAGGAAUUGGUCGUCCACUAAAUGCACAAGUUGGCCACGUCUGGCCACCUCACAUCGGCACAGCGCCUGUGGGGUUAAAUCGUCCUCAACUUUAUCCGACAGCGACGAGGCAAUCAGGAAAUGCAGAAAGCGAAAUCACCGAAGACGAUGCGUCUAUCAGACAAGUGGCACCCCAGGACCCUGCUCAGACCCAGACGAAUACAGCUCGCCGGCUUUGGAGAGAGUUGGAUGCUUGGCAGGUCACCAUGAUUACUAUAGGGGUUGUACUGGGCACUGGUGUACUAGUGGCAUCUGGGACAGCACUCCAUCAAGGUGGACCUCUGGGUCUCGUGCUCGGAUUUGUAUUUUUAGGCUUUACUGCCUACUGCAUGAUGACCGCCUUGUGCGAGGCAAGGUUCAUUGGUGCCGUGACCAAAUAUAUUCAUCCAUCUAUAGGGAUGGGACUCGGCUGGACGUUUAUUCUAGAAUUCGUAUUCGUACCUCCUUCCCACAUUAAUACGGCAGCCACCGUAUUGGCUCAUGUAAAUCAAGCAAUCGGUCACCCUAAUACAAGUCCCUUCCAAUCCGAAGUGGCAAGAGGACUCUCUCGUUUCUUCUUCAUAAUACUCGUUAUUGCAGCCAAUCUUCUUGCCAUCAAAGCAUUUGGUAUAUUGGAAUUCUGGUUAUCCAGUUUCAAAGUUCUCGCCCUCAUUGCUCUAGCAAUCUUCGGCCUGGUGGUCAGCCUAGGAGGUGCUCGGCUUGAGGGUGGCGGUUUCGAUCGCAUAGGCUUCCGUUUCUGGGGAUCUCCAUUUGGUCCAAUGGGCCACGGAGUCGGGAUUGUUGACCCUCCAGGUGGAACGGAGCCCAAGGAUGUGUUUCUUGGUUUUUGGGCAGCACUCGUCCGAAUAUACUUUGCCUAUGUUGGACUGGAGAUGAUUGGUUUUGUGGUUGGUGAAGUCGCAAAUCCACGCACCUCUAUCCCAAAAGCCAUCAAGCAAAACCCUGCGCUGACCGAUCCUGAACUCUCUCUCCAAGGACAAGCAUCCACUUAUAUCAUUGCCGCCAGCCGUCUAGCCGGCCGAGCUCUCGUCCCCAUAAUCAAUGCAACCGUCAUCGUGUUUGCCUUGUCAGGCGCGACUGCGAAUAUCUAUAUGGGCUCUCGUAUGCUUUACGGACUUUCGUUGGACAAAAAGGCACCAGCGUUUCUUCGAAAGGUGACAACAAAAGGUCGUCCGACCCUUGCGCUUGCCUCCGUAGUUGCGUGGUGUUUUCUGAGCUACAUUGGCUACGACGAAGACAAUGGAAACCAAGCCUUUGCCUAUUUUGUGGACCUGACCACAUCCGCUGGGUCCAUUAGUUGGAUCUGUAUCUUUUGGGCCCAUAUCCGAUUUCGCAAAGCUUUCAGGCUACAGAAUCGCGAUAUCCGAGAACUACCAUACGUCGCACCGCUUCAACUGUACGGAACUUGGUUUGGGCUAGUCGUAACUAUAAUCUUCAGUAUAUUCAAGGGAUAUGAGAGCUAUGCCAAACGGAGCGGACGAGGUUUCGUUGCCGCUUACAUACUAUUUCUCUGGUUUGCCCUGGUGUCAAUUUUCUGGAAAUGGUACCGAAGUGACAGCGAGAAUCGGUUCGUUGACCUGCAUACGAUUGACCUGCAAAAGGGGCAAUACGAGAUUGACCUGGACGAACGCAGCUAUGAGCUACAAAACAACGGAAUUGUCGCUCCUUAA